CUCAAUACCAAGUCCAGGACAACUAGAGCAUAGCUCUGUCAGAAUGUCAAAACGAUAACGAAAUUUUUGUAAUAUGUCACAUUUCGGAAUUCGAAAAAUUAUAAGCCACUAUAUAAACUCAAAUGAUCGCCAAAGAAUGAUCAGCAAUUCCAGCCAGCAGUUGAGGAGAACGCAAUUCCUCGGGACUGUACCGCGACCUGCUGUCAUUGCCCAAGUGCCGGCAACUCAAAAACCUCGAGUCCCAUUACCAGAGCUCAAGCCCAGUGUGAUGAGUCACUUUGUGCUUGGCAAGAACCAACAGAGUGUCAACUAUUUCGCCAAUCUCAAUCGGAAUUUCAACGGCAUGUCCCUAAAUGCUCCGACCGAGCUCAAGAAACCGGAGCUGUUGCGUUAUUUGGGCGGCGGUUGGAAGCUUUGUGCGGUUUGUGGGCAGGAAAAGAUUACCUCCGGAAAUACUAGCAAUGGCAUUUGUGGGCCAUGCAAUGCUAGAAUUCAAGGAGCAUUGGAUAACUUCAAAGGACAACAGAGACUAAAAGGUGCCUUGGAACAACAGCCAGAUAUGGGAUAUCACUGCGAGAAUCCGUGCUGCUGCUGCGAACAAAGGAGACAACUGGAGGAGCAGCAAGAACGGGAGCGAAAGAUUAAAGAAAAACAGCGACUACAGAAACAGGCGGAAAGGGAGAAGGAAAAAGAGAAGGAAAGAGAAAAGCAAAGGGAGAUUCAAAAGGAAAAGGAAAGAAUUGAGCGGGAGAAAUCGGGUCAGUCGCAACCGUUUAGCAUUAUUGUGCUGCAGGAUUGCAACAACAACAAUUUGAUAGAUCAACUGACGGCCGCCUUGACGGUCGGCUGUCAACAGGAAAAGACAAAUGCCAUGCAGCAGCCUCAAUCCAAUAAGAAUACUACCCCCAAUUCUCACCAUAACUCGAAUGGGUGUAGUAGCAAUUCUGAUAGUGCUCAGUCUUCUAAUGGCUACUGUGGUUCCCCUGAAUAUUGCAAUGGAUCGAGAGCAGCUUCAACUGAGUUGGAGAAAAGGCCUGAUAAUUUGACUUGCACCUGCAAUUGUGAGGCAUGUCGCAGAGGUUUCGAGAAUACGCUGAAGCUACCGAUGCUUAUUGCUCAAGCAUUGGAGAUAUUUGUAAUGAAUAACCCGCUGGCUGGAAAGGAUGCUAAGUUGGGUGGAAAAAAAUCCAAGUCGGACCACAAAAAAAGUGGCAAAGGUAAAAAAGGUAGCAAACACUCUAUGGAAACAACGACAUCCUCAACUUCCGUUCGGAGUAAGGGCAAAGGACUUAAGUCUUCGGGAGCAAAGGCUUCCACACCUGCUGUUCGGAGUAAGGGCAAAGGACGUAAAGCCCAGCUGCCAGCAGAGGCAGCCUCUACUUCAGAUCACAGUAGCGGCAAAAGUGCUCCUAGCUCCCCCUCAGUGCGGCUCAGAGAAAAUGGACGCAAACCUCAGCAGGGAGCAAAGGCAUCUUCCAGUCCCGGAGCUAUCAAGUUCGGUAGGCCUCAAUCAAAGCCCAGAGACAUGACUAUAAGUCAAUCCAAAGAGAAUGUUAGGCAAAAGUCUAAUGAUAUAUACGCUGAAGAUAAAGGCACUGGCCAAAACAAGAGAAUGAGAAACAAGAAAAAAGCUGAAAUGCAGGGUAUCGAACCAAAGUUCUUUCUGCCCAAAUCGACUGCCGAGUCAUGUCCGUAUCGUCGGGCCCCCUGUUUCGAGAAUUGUCGAGAAGCCUGCUCCUUUCCCAGGAAUACCGCCUGUGUGCCCGGCUGCAUUGGUCCAAAUGGCUACUGUACCAGAUUCGCGGGUGGAUGUCGUCAGGGUAAUCUCAAUUCCUGCUCCCCGCUUGCAGGCAAAGCUAGUCAACAAAUGGAUCGCAAUGGCGGCGGCGCCGGAGAUCAACCGAAUCGUGCCCAUUGCUCCAGAUCCUGCCAGGGCUGCAACGGCUGCAUAGGUUGCCCCAACUGCGGCCACUUUGCCCGGCCACCUCCAUCCCGAGAUAAUAUGCAUCCCAUUGCGCAUUUUCGACCCGGCGUAAAUCUCUAUCCGGCGAACUGUAUGCUCUAUCGCAAUGGAGACCUUGUGCGGCGCAGUCUGGUUCGUACCGCUGCGGGGGUAACCCUACACGAGGUGCAACGGGAGGAGGAGUUGGAAGCAAAGUCGCCACAGCAGCAACCGAUGCAAAUUCCAAUGCAACCCUCCAGAUUUCCAUGCGCGAGUAACUUUCAGUUUUGGCGUUGAAGUCUACAAAUUAUGCAUUAUAUAGAUCAUACAUAACUAUAUAUAUAAUGUAUAGCUAUCUGUAUAGUAUGCAAUUAUAAAAUGCAUAAUUUUGGUCGAGCGCCUGGUGGUUUAUAGCGUUUCUAACAAAUUUCCGUGAAAAUACGAAACAAUUCUGGCACAAAGUACAAAAUAAAAGAUAUUCAACAAAAA